AACAAAAAAAAUCAUGCUAUCACAUAAUACCAUGGUGAAGCAGAGGAAAGAGCAAGCAUCAGCCAUCAUGAAGGAAAUCCAUGGAAAUGCAUUUUUGUGCCACUUCCUUCUGGUCUUCAUGGUUUGUGAUGAGAAAUCUACUGUCAUUCUCAUUUUUUUCUCCCUAUAGAUGUAGAUGUCAUGCACCUGGGCAAAAAAGUCAGCAUCCCCAGAGACAUCAUGCUGGAAGAAUUAUCCCAUCUCAGUAACCGUGGUGCCAGACUAUUUAAGAUGCGACAAAGAAGAUCUGACAAAUACACAUUUGAAAACUUCCGGUAUGAAACUAAAGCACAAAUAAAUCACAAUAUUGCCAUGCAGAAUGAGAAACUGGAUGGAAUCAACUUGGAAAGUGGUUCACAGCAAGCACCAUUUACUCCUCCUAACACCCCGGAUCCACGAAGUCCCCCAAAUCCAGAAAACAUUGCACCAGGAUAUUCUGGACCACUGAAGGAAAUUCCUCCUGAAAGAUUCAACACCACAGCUGUCCCUAAGUACUACCAGUCGCCCUGGGAACAGGCCAUUAGCAAUGAUCCGGAGCUUUUAGAAGCUUUAUACCCUAAAUUUUUCAAGCCUGAAGGAAAGGCAGAAUUGCCUGAUUACAGGAGCUUUAACAGAGUUGCCACCCCAUUUGGAGGUUUUGAAAAAGCAUCAAAAAUGGUUAAAUUCAAGGUUCCAGAUUUUGACCUACUACUUCUAACAGAUCCCAGGUUCAUGGCCUUUACCAAUCCUCUUUCUGGCCGACGGUCCUUUAAUAGGACUCCAAAGGGAUGGAUAUCUGAGAAUAUUCCUAUAGUUAUAACAACCGAACCUACAGAGGAUAACACCAUACCAGAAUCAGAAGACCUAUAAAAGAAAGUUGUAUGUGCGACAAAAACCUCUGAAUAUAAAUGUUGCUGUAUUAUUAUUCUACUCACUGGCAAAGCCACUAACACUCUUCAUUAGUAGCAAUAAUUUAAUAGCAAUUUAGCAAUUUUCCUUUUAUGGCAUUUAAUUUCAAUCUCAGAUCAAAAUCUAAUAAACAAUUCAAAAUCUUAUUAAAAAAAAAGAAACAAAAACUUUUAA